AUGCUGGCCGAAAAUGAUCUGGACAACGUCAGCGAUCUGGGCGGAUGGAACUCCAGCGGACAGCGACCUGAGCGCAACGCAGCUCACAACAAAGACAUCGCCGACAACUUCCCUCGCGGCCACCUCCUCAACAUGCCAACUCUCGUCCAACGCCGCAUCUUCGCGAAAGUUCUGCGCCAUGACGAACCCCUGAUCAUUUCUCCAACCGCCGAAGCAGAGCGCGAAGCCGCCAACGAUCUUGCCCUUCUCCAGGUAUGCCGCGCCACUCGCAAGGAGGCCGUGCCGCUCUACUACGUGGUCAACAGCUUCGAAGUGAAGGUGGAAAACUUCCACGCCAGCAAACUUCUGCCGUGGUACGAGCAGGCAAUCAUGCACCGCGGGAAUGCAGUGGCGAUGCCGAUCGUUCUUGCCGGAGGUGAAGAGGACUGCACGAACUGGUGGGCAAUGGAGGAUAACAAAACCGUCGUCAAGGAUGGGUUCAAGAAGGGACAACAGCUUCAGCUGCAACGCCUGAAGCCGUUCAAGGAUAUCUCGACCACCGCACAAGCGCCACGAGGAGACAUCAAGCUCGCAGUCACAUACUCGCCCAACUGGACCAACCUCAAAGAGUGGCUUCAUCUCUACCACGAAGGCAGGUUGCCAAACCUGAUGAACAAGCAGCUUGCCUCCGAGGACGCUGGAGGCAACGUAAGCAAGAUGAUCGGGACGAGCGGCGCCUCGCAGGCUGAUAUCGAUGAUCUCAUGAACGACAUCGACGAAGAUGAAGAGCCAGCUUUCCAGGACCCGACUCCGCGACUCAAGCGAUGUACCCUCCCUCCGUCCUGCGACCCAUCGCCUACAAAAGCCGCGCGCGAACACGCUACCGUCUCCAACCAUCGGCUCUCACCCACAGCACCGGCUCAAAGCCAGACUCAAGAUACCUUCUCCACGCCCAUGGCUACCUCAGAGCAGGUGAUCGACGAGAGCGACAACGAGGACGACGACAAGGAAGACGACGGCGUUGCCAAGCACCUUCAUCCACCCUCUGCUGCUGGCACCGGUGGGCCGAGAGGAUUUGAGUUCGAAGGAGGAGCAGCGGCCGAAGCUGUGAGGAGGAUGAAAGGUAGAGGACCUACAUAG